AUGUUGGAGCAGAUAGGUAUUGAGGUCGAUAAUCAUACUAACGGGGGUAUUUGGUGGCCUAUAAACUGCGCAGACCAUCAGAGAAACAUUAUGACAAGUAUUGCAGUCUGGGUACUACAGCGAUGGUUCUCCAUCUUUCACAUUGCUCAAGCUGCCAGCGCUCUUUCCUGGAUUGGCAUGAUGGCCUCGGCGUUUGCACCGGACAUGCCAUGGAUGAUAGUUACAUUCGGUGUUAUUCACGGCAUUGGAGUGGGAAUGCUUACAGUGGCUCUUGGAAUCAUCGUUGUUAUGUUUUUUGACAAGUACAGGGGAAUCGCUUGCGGAAUUAAUUUAUCAGGAUAUUCCCUUUCCCCCUUGGUUUUCGCGCGAAUACUCGUGCUUAUGAAGGAGGCGUACAAGUUUCGAGGUGCUCUUCUUUUGUGCGGGGCCAUCAUGAUGCAUGCCACUGUUUUCGCGUUUCUAAUAAGGAAAGCAUCCUGGAUGACCGAAAAACCCAACCUCCCCCACUGUCACACCAUUUCUGAAAAACUGCCCGCCAGUCACGCCGGCCAAGCGCAGACCAUCUCGGCAUCGACCGAAACUUCGGAUAGUACCUUUAAAACAAAGCAAAAUUGGGGCAUAAGGGAAUCAUGGAGUUCAAUUGGAAAGCCCAUGUUUUACGUGAUUGUCAUUUACUCGGCAGUGACAAACUAUUCGGAGACCUCGUUUCUUUCAACCAUCGUUGACUAUGCCAUGGACAAGGGUUCGUCUCUGAAGGAAGCGCAAUCUCUCGUUGUGUAUUUCUCGGUUGCUCAACUGAUGGGACAAAUACUGUUGCCACUGAUAUCGGACACGGGAUUCCUUAGGCGAAGCGCUCUAGUUACAAUUAGUGUCAUCCUCUUGGGCUGCACCUUUCUCAGCUUGCCUCACAUGACUUCCUUCUCGUACCUCGUGCCUGCGUGCCUGCUGGCAGCCACGCUUAUCGGAUGCGUCACAUCGAUGGUGACGGUUCUCAUGGCCGACUACCUCGGUGUCGACGCGAUAUCUCUGUGCUGGGUUGGCGAGGGCGUGGCGAGCCUGCCUCUCUACUUGUCCAGUUCCACGAUAUUAGGGUGUUUUCGAGAUUUCAUGGGAAGCUACGACAACUUCUACCGAUUGCUCGCGGGGACUCAACUUUUCGUGGGCCUUAUGUUUUUCCUGGUUUGUUGCUAUGAAAACAGGAAAGUGUCAAUACAUAAAUCGACAUAUACCGUGAACAGGUAA